CUCAGAUCUCUCUCCCUUCUUAAAUACGGCUGAGGUUCUCGAUCAGUGCGUCUUCAUCUACGACAUCCCCCGCUCCUCCACCCGCUAUGUCUACGACCACCUCCCUCCGAGAAUCGGCCGAUCAUACGCUCGCCAGCGUCGAGAUUCAGGAGAAUGAGAAGGCUGCCGUCGCACCACCUCCAGUGGACCAGAGCACGAUUUUGACGGGGAAGAAGCUUGCAAUCGUCUUCGUGGCCAUGUUACUCUCACUCCUUCUGGUCGCACUCGACCAGACGAUUCUUGCGACUGCCCUCCCCCGAAUUGCCUCCGACUUCAACGCGUUCACACUCCAGGGAUGGGUUUCCACCUCCUUUGUCCUCGCGCAGACCGUCUUCCUGCUCUUUUACGGCCAGGUCCUCCGCAUCUGGCCCGCAAAAUGGGUCCUUUUCACCGCCGUCGUGAUCUUUGAGCUGGGUUCGCUUGUGUGCGGAGUGUCUCAGAACGUUGGGCAGUUGAUCGCAGGCCGCACCGUGUCUGGUGUCGGCGCGGCAGGAAUCUUUGUUGCUCUGAUUCAAGUCAUCUCGCAAGCAACCCGUCUCGAAGAUCGACCCCGACUGUUUGGUCUUUUCGGCGCAGUCUUCGGUCUCUCCAGCGUCAUUGGGCCGCUCAUUGGUGGGGCUUUCACCGACCACGUCAGCUGGCGGUGGUGUUUCUUCAUCAAUCUCCCUCUCGGAGGUUUGUCUUUGACAGGUGUCGUGUUCCUGCUCAAGGCGUCCCCUCCUCUCGGGUCUGAUCCCACACGACGCACAUGGUCCGAUCUGCUCCACCAGACUCUGCGUCUGGAUUACGUCGGCGCAACGCUCAUUGCAGGGUGCAUCACAUCGCUGGUCCUCGCCCUCCAGUGGGGUGGGAACACCAAGCCGUGGGGUGACAAGGCCGUCAUCAUCUCCUUCGUCUUUGCAGCUGUCUUGGCCGCUGCCUUCAUCGCAUGGGAGAUCCGCCUGGAUGAACGUGCCAUGACCCCGACUGCGAUCUUCAAGUCGCGCUCUGUCUAUGCUAUUCUGUUUUACUCGUUCCUCACCCGGUUCUCGCUGCUGCUGUUCUCGUACUACAUUCCGAUCUUCUACCAAGCUGUUCGCCACCACUCUGCCACCAAAUCCGGUAUCGACUUGCUCCCCUUCAUGCUUGGUGUCGUGGUGACCGUGAUCAGCUCUGGUCAGCUCGUGGGGCGAUUCGGAUACUACUGGCCGUUCAUCCUUUCGGCCCCCGUCUUCCUAGCGCUCGGCUCCGGUCUGCUCUACACACUCAACAGCGGGACGUCCUCAGCCAAGAUCGUCGGAUUUCAGAUUCUCGCUGGCGUUGGCAUCGGCAUGGGGAUGCAGAACUCGCUGCUCGCGAUCCAGGUCGAAUUCAAAGACACGCCCCGGAUCCUCGGCCAAGCGACAUCCAUGGCAUCCUUCGCGCAGUUCCUUGGUGGAACCCUCGGCCUCGGUGUCGCCGAGCCCGUGUUCGCCUCCGAGCUGAGCAAGUUCCUCGUCAAGUACGCGCCGAAUGCACCCGUCGCCAUCGUCGCGCAGAGCCCGACCGCCAUCUACACCAAGCUCGACCCGGCACUGAUCCCGGGCGUCGUGCGCAGCUAUCAGGAGGCGCUCAGGAUCGUGUUCAUCCUCGGUGUCCCAGUUGCAGGGCUUGCGUUGAUCUCCGCAAUGUUCAUCAAGAAUAUUCGAAUCGCUGUUCCCUCGGCUGCAGCGAAGCCCAAGGCGGAUGCGGAUACUGCCGAGAAGGGUGUGAUUGGGGAGGCUUCAUGAUGGAAAACUACGACCCUAUCAAUGUAUUAUAGCAAAAAACGCAUACCACCGCUCUAAUUCGACCUAGAUAGACAUCAUCUCAUUCAUCUAGUGUAACGGUUAUUUCCCUCAUGUCACGUGGAAUCUCAGGAAUGAAAGGAUCAACAUAUCAUUAUGUA